AUGGGAUCUACCCAGAGGCCGGUUUAUAGCGGUCAGUUUUGCCAUGAUAACAAGGGUAUUUUGGAAACCAGUGUUCCGAUACAUAAUUGUCUCAUUACUGACUGGGAUGCUAUGGAAGAGGUUUGGUUUCAUAUGUUCUACGAACAGCUGUCGAUACCACCGGAAAAUUAUGCAAUUUUAAUGUCGGAGCCGGUUCACAAUCCAAUUCCGUUGCGUGAAAAACUUUAUGAGAUCAUGUUCGAAGUGUUCAACGUGCCCAAGAUGUCGUUGGUGAACAAGGCGACACUUGCUCUGUACAGCAUCGGCAAGACCACUGGCAUGGUGGUCGAUUCCGGGUACCAGAGCACACAUAUCGUUCCCAUUUACGAAGGAUUUCCGAUUUCGCACGCCUUGCGAAGUAUGCCGGUCGGCGGAUGGCACUUGACUCAGUUUCUCAAGAAAAUGAUUAACGGGCGUGGUUAUAGCUUGACCACGAUGAAAGACUUUGAAAGAAUUAAAUACAUGAAAGAAACGUUUUGCUACAGUGCUGUAGACUUUGAAAAGGAAAUGGCGAAUUUUGGCAAGGACAAGGAACAGAUAUACAAGUUGCCAGACGGGAUGAUUGUCAACAUCAACAAUGAAGCCAUCCGAUGCCCCGAAGCGCUGUUCGAUCCCUCUUUGAUCGGGCACAUCGACGGGCCCGUCGUGGACGGCAUCCACAGCCAGGUCCAAGCGUCGAUCGGCGAUUGCAACCGCAACGAGUGCAAAGACAUGUACGAGAACAUCUUGGUGGCCGGCGGCAACACGCUUUUCCAGGGGUUUCCCGAACGGCUGAAGACGAUGAUCCAAGGGGUCUCGUGCAACGCGAAUGUCGGGAUCUCCGCGCUGCCCGAGCGCGAGUAUUCCACGUGGAUCGGAGGCUCCGUGAUUGCGUCGUCGUCGUACUUCCAUCGGGUGUGCAUCGAGAGGUCCGAUUACGACGAGCAGGGCUCGAAGCUGGUGCGAGCGAGGAACAUCCGAAACAUACAAGAGUGA